GCAAUUCUGCCUCCAACAACAAGAAGCAGGAGCCAGGCAACAUGGCCGACCUGGGCAAGAAGUACUGCGUGAACUGCCUCGCAGAUGUCACCAACCUCCGGCUUCGGUGCACCGACUGCCCCGAUAUCGAGCUGUGUCCGGAGUGCUUCUCGGCGGGGGCAGAAAUCGGUAACCACCGGAGAUGGCACGGCUACCAGCAGGUCGACGGCGGUCGCUUCUCGCUCUGGGGUCCCGAGGCAGAGGGAGGAUGGACCAGCAGGGAAGAGCAGUCGCUACUCGAUGCUAUCGAGCAAUAUGGAUUUGGCAACUGGGAGGACAUGGCAGCUCAUGUUGGACCAUCUCGGACUCCUCAGGAAGUCAUGGAGCACUACGUCACUAUGUACGUCCAUGGAAACCUGGGUAAGGCCUGCAUCCCCGACAAUAUUCCAAACCGGGUAACUGACCACACUUGCCCAAGCGGGGGCCCCUUGUCGCCGAGCCUUACCACUCCUCUUCCUCCGCUGGAGAUUAGCCUGCCGGAGCAGCAGCAGCUGGGCUACAUGCCGCUGCGUGACGACUAUGAGAUAGAGUAUGACCAGGACGCCGAGAAGCUCAUCAGCGGGCUCUCUGUGAACUACGACGACGAGGAUGUGGAAAUUGAAAUGAAACGUGCGCAUGUGGACAUGUAUGUGCGGAAGCUUCGGGAACGCCAGAGACGUAAGAACAUUGCCCGGGACUACAACCUGGUGCCCGUGUUCCUGGGGAAAGACAAGAAAGACAAGGAGAAGGAGAAACCAGGAGCGCCGGGGGUCACGGGCACUGCCGGUGCUACUGGCGGUGUGGGUGCUGGCGGUGGGACAGCGGGAUCGGGCUCCACGGCAGCUGCAGGGUUGAGUUCUGUUCCAAAUACGCCCAAAAGAAAGAUCACCAAGGAAGAGAAGGAUCAGCGGGUCAGGCUGCGCGGGCUCUGUCAGUUCAUGGCCCAUCGGGAGUUUGAAGAUUUCUUUGAGAACAUGCAUAAAGAGCGUGUGCUGAGAGCCAAGGUGCGUGAGCUGCAGCGGUACCGCCGCAAUGGCAUCAUCCGCCUGGAAGAGUCUGCCGAGUACGAAGCAGCGCGCCACAAACGAGAAAAGCGCAAAGAGAACAAAAGCGUGGUCACGUCCAAACGAGGAAGCGGAGGAGGGGGAGGACUCGGAUCGGGGAUUGGACUCGGGGGCACAGCUGGAGUCGGAGGGGGCAUUACCGGAGGUCUGGGAGUAGGCGGCGGGAUCAAAGAAGAAGGUAAGGAUGGCGAGUUUGCCGCCAUUGAGAAUCUGACGGGCUUUGAGCUGUUGUCGGACAGAGAGAAGGUGCUGUGCAACUCUCUCAACCUCAGCCCAGCGCGUUACCUGACUGUCAAAACCAUCAUCAUCAAAGAUCACCUGCAGAAGCGACAAGGAAUCCCCGCCAAGAGCCGACUGCCCAGUUACCUGGACAAAGUCCUCAAGAAGCGCAUUCUCACCUUCCUCACAGAAAGUGGCUGGAUUUCCCGAGACGCCUCUUAGCAUUCUGUCAGAGACAGAUAGUUGCUGACAGUUGGUUUGCUAUAAACUCUGGCGACGUCGCGACAACUACUGGCUUUCACCCUUUUUUUUUCAAAGGUGACAUUGUGAAUAUGUAAAUUACAGAAGAGGAUGCUGGGGGGAAAAAGAAAAUCCUAUUUUCGUACCAAGGCAAGGAGCAAAUAAAGCCUUUAUUUUUCCAUUUGGAAAAGGGCCGGGGUCGGAAUGUGAUAACGUGCAUUCACAGAACAUUUGUGUUCCCGUUGUUGCUUCAUGAUGUUAAUUACACUGCUAUAAGUAUUCGGUAAUUGCAGCGACGACGCUGCAGUGACACAAGAGGUUCAUUCGUUGAGGAGUGUUUUAAAACAUGGCAUUCACCGGAAGUCAAAGGUUUUUUGCAGCUACGAUCAAAACGAUCACUGAUGGGGUUUGUGAAUUUUGUCUGCAUUUGGUAAUUUUUCAUCAGAAGUGGCCGUUUGUUUGAAUUUUCGUACAUUUUUUUAAAGGUGUAGUUCAGGUUUUUUGAAGAGCGGUCGUAUGAGUCAUUGACGGUCAGCACUGCCAUCACUCAGUAUGUUUACAUGCACAGUUGAGUCAAGCUAAGGCCGUAGUCCGACUAAGACAGGCGAGCGGACAACUCGCCAAGUCCGAGUAUACAUGCGGAGGAGAUUUAUUGGCCUUUGUACAUCUGACUCCGCCUCCGUAGGUAGUGCUGUAUCUCUCUAUAAGCUAGUGCGUAUCGAAUCAGUUUCCUGUUUGACCUUUUACGUCACAGAAAAACAAACGGCAAACGGUGAAAUGGAGAUGGGUCAUGCUGUGGUUCUAUAUGUUCGCACCUGCUGUACAUGUUAAUCAGUCCAAAAGUGGCUCGUCUACGUAGCUUUUGCUCUUGCCGAUGCCAUCAUGUUUAUUCUUUUCCGGUAACAGAACUGCAGUUUAUAUGUCGUCUUCUUCUACUUCCGGGUCAAAGACCAGGGUAAUUGGACUAUUGUCCAGGUAUGUUAGUCUGAAUAAGACUAGCUCGGUCUUAGUCAGACUUAACGUGUUUACAUGACAUUAAGAAAACUUAAUUAUUGUCUUAGUCCGACUAAAAAUCGGACUAUUAACAUGCACGUAAACGCACUGACUGAUAACCAGCCUGGGACAAAAAAAACAACCUAAUUUCCUCCUGGGAAUUCAUCAAGAUUUUCUGAUUUCUGAGGCUUGCUCUCACUAAAAACAUGGCUGCCAGCGGCGGACACAAAGGAAAACAGCUUAAGCUUAAAAGCCUAAUAUAGACUCUGUUUAGUAUAUGGUUGCAUUCGUCUGCCUUUUAUGGCUGGAAACUGAUGUUUGUAAAGUGCUCACUCCCCUGCACCAAAGUACCGUACAAAAAAUAGGUGUUUUUUUAGAUUGCAAAAGCUCAGAAGCUGCUGGUCUUCUGCUGCCUUGUUUGUUAAGUUUGUGUCUCUUACGUAAAUUGGAAACAAGCAUUUUAAAAGUUGGAAAAGGGUCACCUUUGCACUCAUUGAUCAAGGUGCCAGUGGAAUCAAUUGCCCCUGUGUGUGGCGUCAUGUUAAAUCUUCUGUAUGGAAUUUGGAGUGCGGAGAGAGCGGUUUCUAACGCAUCCGUCUGUGUUUUAGGUCAGUGCUGUGUUAGUUCCUCAUACAACCACGCUUUUAAAAACAUUAAAUUAAAUUAAAUUAAAGUUAUUUCUCUCUUAAAUAACUUAAAUAAAUAAACUCAGUUCUCCCACCCGUCAUCCUGGUCACAGGGAAAGGAAAAAGAAAGAGCAGCUUUCGUGUGACUGAGCACUUUCUGCUGCCUGAUUUUCAUCAGAGCUCAACAACAUCAACAUCAGCAUUGUUUUAGUCGGACUGAUAAGUUAGCUUAGCUUAUUAUAGGUUAAACAGGUGUCAGUAUGGGAGUAUGUGGGUCAAACUUUGGCCAAUAAGUAAGAAAAAGAUGCCAAAGAUACUGUUAGAUACUGGAGGUGAUGCAGAAACUGUGUUGUCGUUACACAGUCUGUCCAAUAGGGAGUGCUUACGAGUUUAUUUUCAAAUUUUAAACUUUCAUAAGGACAUUCUGUACCCAGAUGAAAAAUGUGAAUCCAUUUUUUUUUUUUAUUAUGGCUUCACUGUAAACCUAAGAGCUAUGCUAGUUCAUUUAAAAAAAGAAAAGAAAAUAUCUCUAGGUAUUAUUUAUUAGGACUGUCGCGGUCAAAAAACGUGGUUCAUUUACCGUUUCAUAAUUCUACUGCUGUGGUUCGAUCAGAUUGAAAGUGCACAAUAAACCGAAAUAACAUCAACUCAAGUAGAAAACUGACUUUUUUGUUUUCCUUAAUUGAGAAAAUACACAAGUGGGGGUCUUUUUUUAAAGCUUCCCUAUCCACAUAGUGGGGCACUGCGGUAGUUUAGUGGUGGAGAUGUUUCAGCCUAGGGAGCCACGCUCAUGCGUGUGAAUGUGUGAGUCAAAUGGGUGAAUAGCAAAACUAUUGUGUAAAGCAGCUUUGAGUUGAAGCGCUAUAAUAAAUACGGAUCUUUUUGUCCUCCAAACCUUUAUGUGCUUGUGGAUUUGGCUUCUUUAACAUCUCGCCCAGAUGUUUUCACGAAAGCACAAUUCUGAUAUUUUCACUGACUUAUGAAUCUUUUAUUCUAUUCGACCUUUGUGAACACCUGUCAUGCUCCUCUACAACGUUUCCACCUGAGUUCAGGUUCUUUGAGGCCAGAUUUAUGAGGUAUAAUGGGAACGCACAGUCAAACAAGGCAGCAGUGGUGUGUUCCUGCAAGCUGAUGGAGUUUGGUGCAGCAGAGUGGACACUUCACAAACUUCUGUUUUCCAGCCAGAAAAGCCUGUCAAACAGUGAGAGGAAGUAACAAAUAUAUUCUUAAGAUGAUAAAGACUUAAGCAGGUUUUUUUCCCCGCUGCUGUUGGCCAUUUUAAAAGUUAAAAAAAAAGUAGGUGCUCAUUUUCAGCCUGUAAACCAAACGGCACUGACCUUCAGCUGAAGCUGUUUAAUGGUUUCUCAAUUAUUUCUCUUUCAGUAAGUUAAGAAAAAGGGUCGUGUCGUUCUGCAUGUGCUACCAAACGUUCCUAAUUUUGGUGUAAAUGUCGCAAAGAGAAUUGUUUUGUAAAGUCGGGGUGGGUGUGGUUCCUUAAUGUCACCAAAUGUAAAUAAUUUUGUAAGAUAAGUUGGAAAAAAAAGAAGAAGAUAUAAUUACCGACCUGUGAAAUGUACAGUAUUUUGUGACAUUUUUAUAUAUUUUUUUGAAGAAUCAUCUUGUGAAGCGUUGGGUGUAGUGGUGGCAUGUUUCUGAGCUGUCUUUGAUCUCGUGGGCAGUGCGAUGCUGUUCACGCUGUUUUGCUGUCCUGUUACUUUGUCAUUGCACAUGAUGAGGUUUGUAUGGAGAUUUAUUAAAAGUGCAAAUACUUUAUAA